CGUCUAAAGUCUGUUUCGUUAUUUUCGUAUUGCCGUUGAAAUGGCUGCUCAAAAACUUGGAAGGUUAGCAUCGAAAACAACCGCGUUUUUCUUAUGUGACAUGCAAGAAAAAUUUCGGCCGUCCAUACGAUAUUUUCCAGAGAUAAUAACAGUUGCCAAACGCAUGGUUGACAGUGCUAAAAUAAUGGGUAUUCCAGUAAUAGCAACGGAACAGUAUCCCAAAGGACUUGGUAGUACAGUAGCUGAGAUUGACAUGAGUGGUAUCACAGCAUAUCCAAAAACAGUCUUUUCAAUGGUGAUACCCGAGGUUGAACAGAAAUUGAAGGAAAUGGAACAUGUUAAAUCAAUUGUCUUGUUUGGAAUUGAGGCGCACGUUUGUGUUCAACAAACAGCUCUGGAUCUUCUUGAACGAAAUUAUGAUGUUCAUAUUGUUGCUGAUGCUGUGUCUGCUCGUAGCAUGACAGACAGGAUGUUUUCUUUUGAGCGUCUUCGGCAAUGUGGAGCAUUCGUAACCACAAGUGAGUCUGUUUUAUUUACUUUACUUGGAAGUUCAAAACAUGAGAAGUUUAGGGAAGUACAAGCACUGGUCAAAACAUCAUCUCCAGAUUCUGGGUUGCUAUCAAAAGUUUGAACCAUAUUUGAACUUAUAAAUUAUUGUAAUCAAAGGUUUGAACUUAUAAAUGAAUGCAUAAAUAAUACUCCAGGAGAUUUUUAUAAGUUAGUGAUAAAAAACGAUUACCAUACUGAAAGUAAUUACAAAUAUCAAGUGUAUCAAGUUUACAGUCUAUAGAUAAUUUAAUGUAGUUUAGUCAAGUUUCUGCCAAAGGAAUUAUAAUGGUUAGUUCAUGAG